AUGUUGCAAUGGUUGGUCAACAGCGGACUGACAGCUCGCAAGCUGAUCCUACGGCAUUUGACUCUACCAAGACUUUAUGCCUGGCGCAAACGGAUGAUCGCCGACGACAUCAACGCGAACGAUAAGGUCUACAAACUCAUCUGGGACACGGAGCCAUGGUGCGUCUUUAUUACCUUUGCGCACAUCCUCGUCGGUGUCCAUAACUGA